AUGGAGACGGUGGACACAAGCGCCCGCCUAGCCGCGCUGCGGGCCUCGAUGAAGAAGCAUGGGGUCGACAUAUACGUGGUCCCAUCGGAAGACAACCAUCACUCCGAGUACAUAGCCGCCUGCGACGGCCGCCGCGCAUUCAUCUCUGGAUUCAGCGGCUCUGCAGGUACUGCCAUCGUGACGCACGAGAAGGCCGCUCUCAAUACCGACGGCCGCUACUUCAACCAGGCCGAGAAGCAGCUCGACCAGAACUGGCAGCUUCUCAAGACGGGAAUUCAAGAUGUGCCCACCUGGCAAGAGUGGACUGCCACCCAGUCGGCCGGCGGAAAGACUGUCGCUGUCGAUCCCACCCUCAUCGCGAGCCCCGUUGCCGAGAAGCUCGAGGAGAGCAUCAAGAAGAGCGGUGGCGCUGGUCUAGUAGCCCUGUCCGAGAACCUGGUUGACCAGGUCUGGGGAGCUGACAGACCACCUCGACCUAGCCAGCCGGUCAUGUACCUCUCUCCAGAGUAUUCGGGCAAGGACACCGGGACAAAGCUUGCCGACCUACGUAAGGAGCUUGCCAAGAAAAAGGCCGCUGGGUUUGUCGUUUCCCUCCUCGACGACAUCGCCUGGUUGUUCAACCUUCGCGGUAGUGAUAUCCCAUACAACCCAGUCUUCUACUCGUACGCAAUCGUGACUGAUGACUCAGCCACUCUUUACAUUAACUCGUCAAAGCUAAGCGCCAAAGUCAAGAGCUAUCUCGACACGAUCAAGGUUUCGUUCAAGCCGUAUGACGAGUUCUUUGUUGACACCAAGGUCCUGGCGAGCAGUGCCGAGGCAGAAGGGGAGACCUCUCCGGCCAAGAAAUAUCUCAUCUCGGGUAAGGCAUCGUGGGCUCUGAAAUUAGCUUUGGGGGGUGGCAAGUUCGUUGAGGAAGCCAGAAGCCCCAUUGGAGACGCGAAGGCAGUCAAAAACGAGACGGAGCUGAGCGGAAUGCGGAACUGUCACAUCCGCGACGGUGCAGCUCUCUCGCAGUUCUUUGCAUGGCUUGAAGACCAAUUAGUCAACAAGAAGGCAGUCUUGGACGAGGUCGCCGUGGCCGAUAAGUUGGAGGAGUUCCGUUCGAAGCAGAAGGACUUUGUUGGUCUUUCCUUCGACACUAUUUCGUCGACGGGACCCAAUGCUGCCGUGAUCCACUACAAGCCGGAACCGGGCAAUUGCUCAGUGGUCGACCCCAACGCCAUCUACCUCUGCGAUUCUGGAGCACAGUACAAGGAUGGCACAACUGACACCACCAGGACCUUGCAUUUUGGAACGCCGACGCCGGCGGAGAAGAAAGCUUACACGCUCGUGCUGAAAGGAAACAUUGCACUGGACACGGCCGUGUUUCCCAAGGGGACGAAUGGUUUCGCUAUCGACUGCCUGGCCCGCCAAUUCCUAUGGAAAGCAGGUCUGGACUAUAGACACGGUACAGGACAUGGUGUGGGCUCGUUCUUGAACGUGCACGAGGGGCCUAUCGGUAUUGGAACUAGGCGUAACUAUAUCGAUGUGCCUCUCGCGCCGGGCAACGUCGUGUCGAUUGAGCCAGGUUUCUACGAGGAUGGCACAUACGGUAUCCGCAUCGAAAACAUUGCCAUGGUGCGCGAGGUGAAAACGGAACACACAUUUGGCGACAAGCCGUACUUCGGAUUCGAGCACGUCACAAUGGUUCCCUACUGUCGGAACCUGAUUGACGUGUCGCUCCUUACGCCAGAAGAGAAGGAGUGGCUCAACGACUCCAACAAGGAGAUCCUCGCCAAAACGGAGGCAUUCUUCAAGGAUACAGACCCCCUGACCCAUAGCUGGCUCGUCCGAGAGACUCAGCCGUUUUAA